AUGGUUUCAUUCACCGCCCUCGUGGCAGCUGCCGCAGCUGGCGCUACCGUCGUAGCCAGCCCGCUCCAGGCCGUCCAGGCCGUCCAGGCCGGUAUCCAGCCCGGGACCGGCAAGCAUGACGGCUUCUUCUACUCGUUCUGGACCGACGGCAAGGGGUCCAUCGACUACACCAACGGGCCGGGCGGCAACUACAAGUCCAAGUGGAACAACGUCAACAACUGGGUCGGCGGCAAGGGCUGGAACCCCGGCCCGCCCAAGAAGAUCAGCUACAACGGCACGUGGGACAACUACAAGGUCAACAGCUACCUGUCGCUGUACGGCUGGACGACCAACCCGCUGGUCGAGUACUACAUCGUCGAGGCGUACGGCACGUACAACCCCAGCUCGGGCACCAGCAAGAAGGGCACCGUCGAGAGCGACGGCGGCACCUACGAUAUCUACCAGACUACGCGCGUCAACCAGCCGUCCAUCUUGGGCACGUCCACCUUUGCCCAGUUCUGGUCCGUGCGCACCCAGAAGCGCGUCGGCGGCAACAUUACCACGCAGAACCACUUUGACGCCUGGAAGAAGUACGGCCUCAAGCUCGGCACCUGGGACUACAUGAUCCUGGCUACCGAGGGGUACCAGAGCAGCGGGUCGUCCGACAUCACCAUCAACGAGAUCAAGUAA